CGAUAAUUCAUAUUCAGUUUGCCAAUACCACCUAUAUUAUUAAGAUGGGGGCGAAGGAGCAGGAGCAAACUGGCCCAAAGAAACGGUUCUACGAUCCAUUGUCGGUGACUUGGCUAGAGAAACACGACGAGGUAGUAUCCAAAAUUUGGAAGAAAAUCCCUUACAAUGUCGGCCGAGCCAUAGCGACUAUCGCCACAUUUUUGGUAGGAAUAUCCAUAAAUGGCGAUUGGAUUAAUUUAUACGUGCACGUAAAAAAGCAAUUUGGUUACAUCUCUUCUUCAAACAGCUUAUCAAACGUAAGCUUAGAAGAUCUGAGGUUGCAAAAUUUCUGGACCUAUUGGAUUCCCUCCUGCGUGAUAUCGUACUCGAUAUAUUUCGGUGUUGGAGGUUUCUUGCACUGGUAUUAUUACGUCCGCCAAAGGGAUAGGGCGGAAGAAUGGAAAUGCCAGCCGAAGAAAUGGCUCAGCCCGGAUUUGGAAAGACACGAAAUCAUUUUAGGCUCGUUUACUUUGUUGUUAAAUUUAACUGUAUCGGCCAUUUUGGCAUGCUACCUAGGUAAUGGUGGUUGGAGUAUGGUGUAUUAUAAACUAGACGAGUAUGGGUGGUUUUGGUUAUUCCUGCAAUUUCCCGUGGUCUACAUAAUAUUGGAUUUCGAAACUUAUUGGAUACAUCGAAUCUAUCAUUUUCCCUUUUUGUACAAACAUUUCCACAAGCUCCAUCACAAGUACAAGCAACCGACUGCAUUUUCAGUUACCGCCAUCCACCCUGUAGAAGCUAUUAAUAUACAAUGCUUAUUAAUUUUGCCGCUCUUCUCCUUGCCUCUGCAUUGGUUUUCUUUCUACAUUAUCGCCAUAUACAAUUAUUACCACGGCAUAAUCGACCAUUCAGGGAUCAAUUUCAAGGCUUACUGGUGGCAGCCUUGGCAACCGGACGCGAUUUUCCACGACAACCAUCACCAAUAUUUCCACGUGAACUUCGGCUUCAACUUGACCAUAUGGGACAAGAUCUUCAGCACGCACAGGCAGAAGGAUCGCUUUUAUAGGGAGGAUACUUUCUACGGGAAAGGGAAAUUGUUGAACGAAAUAACUGAAGCUGAGCUUCAGGAGGAAAUUGAGGAAAGAGAAUCGGAGAAUCCGCUGGCGUAUAGGGAGAACGAAAACGAAAAUAAACUGACGGAGGAGGAAUUGAAGAAGCUGAAGAAAAAAUGAACAGUUUCGAGUUGAUCUUGAACAGGCGCAGCAUGUUUUGAAGGAAGGGCGAGUUGGGUGUAAUAAUAAACAUUCGACAUUUUUGCAGCAACAAGACAUUUAA